AUGCCCACCAGCGAGCUUUCUGAUGCUCUCAACCCCUACUUUGCCACUUCUAGGAAUAGGCCGCCCGCGAAUGCCCCUCCUCCGGACGGACAACAAUCAGUUGCACCUAAUGCAGCGGACUGUGUACCCCAAGGAAGCGGUCUCGAAACCAUUGUGACAGAAAGCUCUCAGUCCGCUAUAUCACAGGUCUCACCCUCCAGCGAUGCUCUCUCCCCACGCAUGCCCUCCGCUGCCUCGCUCACCGCUGUGCAAGAGCUUCUACGCUAUGUUGCAUCGACGCGUGAGGCGCAGGAAAUUGAGCGUAAACGCCGCCUCGCAUGGGAGCAAGAACAGGAGGCAAAGUACGCUCUCCGUCAGGCCGAGAUGGAGCGGCACAUGCUAGAGAUGCGCCAGGAAAUCACCAAGCUUCGGAGCCGUCUCGGUGCCUCAGGCUCGCCAGCAGCGAGUCCCUCGGUUCAGCCUGUAGCGGGGACGCAUACGUCUCAGGUCACUCCACAGCUUCCUACGAUGGGGCAGCAGCCUACACCUGACACUUCACCUGCCUUGUCUCACCACUCCACACCAUACUUGUCGUCACAGAACAUGGGGCGCCUCGAAGCAGGCCCUUCUAAUCUUAAUGUCAUUUAUCACCCUACCAUGCCUCAGUCGCCUAUCCUUACUCAGCCUGCGCGCUUCAUCAACAUGGGCCCUUCCUCACCACACUCUCAAGGCAUUCCAACACAACGCAAGCGGUUAGCCAGUGAGCUCUCUAGCGACGAGGAGAGCAGCACUGAUUCCAAGGACGAAUCGUAUCCGCGCCAACGCAACAAGCGACGUAACCACCACGAUACACGAUGUCUCACUAUUCAGCAUGCAAUGCGAUUGCAUAUGCUGCGCCUCAUGCAGCUUGAGAACGACAAAGCGUUGCCAGACAGCCAUGUUGAAGGCACCACCUUGGGCCCUGACCAGCCAGUACGAUUUGUCUGGGACAAGACCACACGUCAAUCCGUGCAUAACAAUCGAAUGAAGACACUCGUUCUGCGAGACCUGAAGGAAAACCGGGACCGGUACAAAUACGUUCCCGAAAAGGAUUUCAACAAGAAAUCCUUGGAUACGACCUUUGAGCAAGCUUUCGUGACUUUGAGGCAAAAGUACAAGGCACAGCGGGAUGAGUCAGUGGCAAGAACCUACAAGCAACGUGAAGAUACGAAGGCUAGAAGUUCUCGGAGAGCAAGUCGAAAGAAGACUAAACUAUGCAACCGGUCAGACGCUCGGAACCGACUUGAUGCGUUUGAACACAUCACCUUUGAUGGAGCACUCCAGACGGAGUGCAUGUCCUCUGAAGAAUCUGAAGUCGAAGAAAGCCCCAUGAACUCUCCACGCUCCUUCCUUCGCAUCCGUGGAUUGCCCUGGCGCAGUACACGACUUAGGCGCUUUUUCAACACCCUAGAUGAGAAUGAUAGAGUUGAGAACGCCAACAAACCUCGACGCGGUGUCGGGCGCAAGGAGCGCUUUCCGGGCCCUCAUAAGGAUGGUCUCCCGAUACCUCCAAAGGGCGUUGCUAGUUGGAUGGUCAGCAAGCGGUGGAUAAGCCUGAUGAGGCAGACUCAGUCGGAGGUUCUGACAAUAUUGGCGGAUUUAAUCGAAGAUCCACCAGGCUUUGACUGGAGUCAUUUUGACGCUCUCGGGCAGGAGAGUGAGGAUGAAGAUAUCGUUGGUAUGGGCCAAUACGGGGGGAUGCAGCUAGCGCUGCAGUACGACGCCCCCUCGUCAGCGGUUUGGACUUUGUAGCACCACCUACGGAUGUAGUGUGAAAACAGGUUAUUGCGCAGGUGACCACAAACAAUUCACUCGGAUCGCACUUGCAUGUUACUGCUUAACAUUAAUGACAUCCAUUGACAUGGC